CUGGCUGCACAUUUGAAGAAGAUGGGGACCUAAAUCAGUGUGAAUACAGCCAAGGUGUUGAAGAUGACUUUGAGUGGGAGCUGAUCCGGAGCUAUCUCCUUCCCCAUUUGACCUCUGAUCUUCCUCAUGGCUCCUAUCUGAUGGUCAAUUCCUCCCAGCAUAAUCCAGGGCAGAAAGCACAUAUCCUCUUCCAGACACUGAGUGAAAAUGACACUCACUGUCUCCAGUUCAGCUAUUUCAUGUACAGCCGUGAUGGGCACAGUCCUGGGACUUUGAAUGUCUUUGUCAAGGUGAAUGGAGGACCACUGGGAAGUGUGGUGUGGAAUGUCUCUGGAUCCCAUGGGCGGCAAUGGCAUCAAGUGGAGCUCGCUGUCAGCAUGUUUUGGCCCAACGAGUACCAGGUGUUGUUUGAAGCAGUGAUUUCCAAUGAACGACAUGGCUACUUGGGAUUGGAUGAUAUCCUGCUCUUGAAUUAUCCCUGCUCCAAAGCACCUCAUUUUUCCCGCCUGGGUGAUGUGGAGGUAAAUGCUGGACAGAAUGCUACUUUUCAGUGUGUAGCUGCUGGCAAGGCUUCUGAAACAGAGAGGUUCCUCAUGCAGAAGCAGAAUGGAGUUGUCAUUCCCACUGUCUCAGUGAAACACAUCAGUCACAGAAGAUUUCUGGCUACUUUUCAACUGGAUCAAGUUUCUAAAGGAGACCAGGACUUGUACCGCUGCGUGACUCAGUCUAGCAGGGGCUCUGGUGUCUCUAACUUUGCUGAGCUGAUAGUCAAAGAGCCUCCAACGCCCAUUGCACCCCCACAGCUUCUGAGAGCAGGUUCAACAUACUUAAUCAUCCAGCUCAAUACCAACUCAAUCAUUGGAGAUGGUCCUAUUGUAAGAAAAGAGAUUGAGUACCGUAUGACUUCUGGUCCUUGGUCGGAAGUGCACGCUGUGAACAUGCAGACCUAUAAGUUGUGGCAUCUCGAUCCAGAUACAGAGUAUGAGAUCAGUGUCCUGCUGACCCGGCCAGGAGAUGGUGGGACUGGCAAACCUGGGCCUCCACUCAUCAGUAGGACAAAGUGUGCAGAACCCAUGAGGGCCCCCAAAGGCCUUGCCUUUGCGGAGAUCCAGUCUAGGCAGCUGAUCCUUCAGUGGGAGCCUCUGGGUUACAACCUGACUCGCUGUCAUACAUACACUGUCACACUCUGCUAUCGCUAUGCUGUAGGCACUGGCCAUAACCAGACCUUUCGUGAGUGUGUAAAGAUGGAGCACAGUACCAACCGCUACACCAUCAAGAACCUUCUGCCAUAUAAAAAUGUCCACGUCAAGCUCAUCCUGUCCAAUCCUGAAGGCCGGAAAGAAGGCAAAGAGAUGAUAUUUCAGACUGAUGAAGAUGUUCCUGGAGGCAUAGCUUCAGAGUCCCUCACAUUCACCCCCCUGGAGGACAUGAUUUUUCUGAAAUGGGAGGAGCCAGUGGAACCCAAUGGUCUCAUAACACAAUAUGAGAUCAGCUACCAGAGCAUUGAAUCCUCUGACCCAGCAGUUAAUGUGCCUGGCCCACGACGCACUGUCUCCAAGCUCCGAAAUGAAACUUACCACGUUUUCUCCAACCUUCAUCCUGGAACAACCUACCUUUUUUCAGUAAGAGCACGAACUGGCAAGGGCUUUGGACAAACCGCUCUGACUGAGAUCACCACCAAUAUCUCAGCACCCAGUUUUGAUUAUGGAGACAUCCCUUCCCCACUGGGAGAGUCGGAUAGCACCAUCACUGUUCUCCUGCGGCCAGCCCAGGGCAGGGGUGCCCCAAUCAGCACAUAUCAAGUCAUUGUGGAAGAAGACAGACCUAAGAAGGUCAAACGGGAGUUAGGUGGCCCAGAAUGUUUUCCAGUGCCACUAACGUUCGAUGAUGCCAUGUCCCGUGGCUUGGUCCACUACUUUGGAGCUGAACUGUCCCCAAGCAGCCUCACAGAAGCCAGGCCCUUCACUGUAGGGGACAAUCAAACAUAUAGCGGUUACUGGAAUCCUCCACUGGAACCCAAGAAAGCCUAUCUCAUCUACUUCCAAGCUAUGAGCAAUCUCAAAGGGGAAACAAGGUUGAAUUGUAUCCGAAUAGCUCGGAAAGCUGCCUGUAAAGAAAGCAAGCGUCCCUUGGAAGUUUCCCAGCACUCGGAGGAAAUGGGCCUCAUUCUGGGCAUUUGUGCUGGAGGACUGGUGGUAUUGAUCAUCCUCCUGGGGGCAAUCAUUGUUGUCAUUCGGAAAGGGUAAGGAAACAUUUUGAGGACUUUGCUCUUGCUACCGUGCAGGCAGCUCCACUCACUUUCCAACACAUGUACCUCUCUUUGGAUCUGAGUCUGGAGACUAGCAGCUUGGUCUGAUGGAAGAAGAGAAAUGCUCAGAGAAGAGGCAGUCAGGUCUAUAGAGACUUGGGCAAAAUUGCUUGAUUCGCUUCUUAGUAGGGCUGUGCAGUGCUUUGGAUUUAAUUUGGAAGAGAUACUGUGGAAUCUGAGGAACAUU